UGGAUUCAGAAGCAUCUUCCGCCACAGAAAUUUCUGAUCAAAGAGUUCUUGCUACUACAGCUCACAGCACGACCUCCAGAAGUGAUUGUAUUGAUGCUACGACUGCUACAAACACCGGCGAUGUAAUUGCAGAUGAGCAUUCUACUUCACGAGGUGAAGAAGCCUCGACGUCGGCCGUUUGUGCGACGUCUAGAAAAGCUGAUGGUAACGAAACAACCUUGCAACAAGGGGCUGCUGCUGCAGCUACAGCGUAUUUCAACGACAUCGGUGACACCAGUCGUGGUACAACCUGGACACGGGAGCCGGCUCCUUCAUCUUUGGCCAGCGCAGUCGAAAAAAUAGCACCAUCACGGAGAGACGUAGAACGGCACUCGUCUCCUCCCUGCGCGUUGACCACGACCUUAUCGUCCGCCAUCGAUGAGCUGACAACGAGGCAUCCAUUUUUUGGCCUGGCACUCCAAUCGGCCGAAGAAGAGCAGGCAUCCGCCGACGCAUUGUCCUCACCAAGAUCGUUUUCCUUGUCGACCCUUAUCGCAGCCGCCGCACAUAACUUCCGGCAGGCGCUCCUCCGGGACGCACUAGUAGAGCCGAGCGAUGAGACACGACAUGGCAUGAUUAACAAUGCAGGACGCGCAGGCGCAGCCGCCGUUUGGGCACCUGUGCCAUCCAGCGACCCAGGCAAGGUUGUUGGAUUUCGGGAGGUGGAGCUUCUAGCUCGCAAGAGCAAGGGUUGGGGAAGUGCGAGCGCGAGCGACAACAGGGAAGAUGAAGAUCAAGAUGAAUUUGUGACGACAAAUGCCGCGACGAGCGUUUUCCUAGCGGGUUGUAGGGGUACGGGAGGGUCAAUUUUGCCAAGCCGUCCCCGGGGCCCUGUGCACAUUGGGGUAGCUACUUGCGCUGCACGUGGGGAAAAAGGCGCGUCUAGAUUUACGUCUAACCAUUGCAAUUUGUCAUCUCCAUCGACAAAGGCGAGCCAGCGCUAUCCUGACGAAAAAGAUCCUGAUCCUCGUGAACGACCAACAUCGGAGGCGGAACAUGGUGAUUUGCAAAACCUGGAAUUUUGGGCACAGGGUGUUACUCACCACCUCAACAAGCAGAAAUUGAGCAUCUUGUGGGAGGCGGCCAUUCGCCAAGCUGUCGCAGGUUCCAGCAACGAGGACAGUCUUUCCUACCGCAAAGCAAACGCUGCCAGCUCUGCUGUGUAUGAAGAUGAAUCGUGCUCAGCUUUGAUUUUGAAGCAUUUUUUUGCAACUCGGUUUGCGGAGGAAGCGAUCGGGGGUCGUGGCGUGUGCGACGAAUGGCAGCAGCGCAACUACCCCAUCUCGAAGCCGAAGAAUCAUGAUAACGGUUGUAACUCUUCACGGAAGCCGCGCCACCAGGUCGUGCUGCGGUCGUUCACGCACGAUUUCUCCGCGAAAGAUGCGAGGUCGUUGUUGGAGCAGGAGGACGAGGAGCAAGCACUGAAGUCGGGUAAAGAAAGAACGCUUGUCCUUCAGGUGGAUUUUGUCGCGGGCGCAGGCCGGCAGGGUUUACGGAUUUACCGAAACAUGCACGACGUUCGUGGUGAGCAAGAAGAAGAAAGGGACGCCGUCGAGUGGAGGGAACAAAGCCUCGAACUGAUUGCCUCUGUGGACGUGCAAGCCUUUCCGAACACAGCAAGAGUUCUGCUCGCCACUAGUCGCUUCGUCGAUGAUGUGGAUAAUUUUUCGGGAGGGUCUAAAGGUGUCCCUUUCAAUAAAGCUGCAGAACAGGAAAGUAAAAGAAACCGAAACGAUCUGGUGAUUCACCUAUGUCAGUUCGCGACUCCGGUCCCAGCUACAAAAGUCUGCAUUUUUCUGCAGACCGCCCCCCAGAACGCAUUGCGUUUUACCUUGCUGCACCGAGCACGAGGUGGAGCUUUUGCCUUUGCGCCAGUGCUGCGGUCGCGGGUCGGCCAAGAGACAGAAGUAGGGGCGAACAACCGAAAGUGGAAAACUCGGGUACACGAGGACGUGCCACCUUCCGCGCAAGCGCUAACCCAUGAAGAAAAGAUUGUCUCGCGGCUAGAGCGCGAGUUGCUCGUCUUUCCUCGAGAUCUCUGCAGAGGUGAAGGACGUCGAGCCGCAACAAAUAAUGCAGCGCUUGAUAAACAACAGCAAGGCGAGAAAAGCGAACCCAAAAGCCACGACACUUGGCAGACGAAUUCUCACGAUGGAGCGAUCUCAAUCUCACACUCUUCAGGUGCUGCUAGGAGCACCGCUGAACAGGGCAGUGUUGAAAGCAAGAAAGAGUCUCUUCCCGCGUUCACCCUGGACGACCUGGAGCAAGACAAGGCACCUUGCACUCGUAAUCUUCAUCUGAAUGGUGAUGCUCUUGACAUAGAUACGAUUACCACGACCCAAGAACCGACUGGGAAUAAUUGCACACUUCCAGGAGCUGGUCGCGUAGUACGGCAAGUACGACCGGAAAUCGUACCAAGCGCGACCACCAGUCGACGUGAAGGUGAUGGCAACACGAAGGACCAGACGACGAGCACCUUCCCCGGAACUACACAACGCGAGGGACUCCGGUCUAAAAUUGAAGAUGAGGGGGAUGCUCGUCCUGGUGCAAAGGCGACAUCAACGCUGAAAACAAUCGAGAUCGGCGAUAUGCGAUCCUUCCAAGCGACAUGGGUGCUCUUCGCAAAUUGCAGGGACCUUCGAAGCCGCGAGUAUUUGCUCGAAAGGCUCGCUUCCUGCAAUCAGCUAAACAAUGCGAAUCAUGUUGAUGACGCAGGUGCUGCAGCAGAUGCGGAUCACAAGAAGGUGAGGGACGACCUGCGUCUUCACGACGUGCAGCGGGACGAAACAAGGAAAGAGACCACGUCUAGCGAUCGUGACAGCGAAGGCCCAGGGGAAGAUAAUAUGUUGCGUCGACGAGUUGAUCAUACUCUGAACACCGCUCUCGACGUCAUGUUUCGGUCUGAGGGCGUCAACCUGUCCGUGGAAAAUGUCCUUGCAGUGGAUUGCGAUCUAAUUCCGAAGUGCGUGAUUGUUCCCGACGAGCUGGAGCUUCGAUAUUGGAUACAAAGCGAGGGCGUUUUUGUUGUCCUGGAGCCUUACGCGUACGCCCGCUACUGCCAGACACGGGAUAAUUCUCAAGGUCAUCGGGAAGCCGGAAAUGCAACCUGCGAGAUCUUCUUCCGUUUUGGCCUCCAUGGGGAGAACUCUUUGCUGAUGGAGACCGUGCAGAUACUGAUCAGAAUAUGGGAAUGCGACUGCACAACCCCCCCUCGUCCCGCCCCUUACCGUUUAUCGUGCCAGAAGCAAAACGAAACAAUUCCAGAAGCUAUUAGACUCAGGACAGACUCCAGAAGCGAUUACAUUCUUGCAUACUACUUAUGUAUAUUUCUAUUUGUGAAAGAGAAGAUGAGGCUGCGCCCUUUUCUUAUCCUUUGCUGGCCUCUCAGGGUUUAAUGGGUUCUACUAGGGUUUUAGGGUUUCUAGUUUGAUCUUAUCGUUAUCCUGUGCUGGCACUACUUCCUAUGGAGCUGGAGGUAAUCCUGCCAAACUACAAAUGAGGCGCAGGAGAAGUUGUAGUUGUGCACUCGCAUACGGCACUGAUCAAGAAUCCAAUCCGGGGCACCUUUUUUUCGAAGUCUAUUUUUCUGCUUUUGCCGACACCGGGGUAUUUACUCUCAAGAUAGUUGAACAGGCAUCGCAAGUCCUGAUCUUUGUGGGCUCUGGAUCGCGUUCCGGGGGACCGGUGGGGCUGCAGCAGAUCUGCGACGCAGAGUGCAAUCGGGUGGCUCGGGAUUUGCUGCACUGGGCGCUUCGGAAUACCGCUCCAAUCCGCAGCAACCGCGGUGGUCGCACGGGGCCUCAAUAUCUCGGAGCUAGUACAUGGCACGGCAACUUCUAUGGUAUGGAUGGAAAGUGGUCUCUGAGUGACUGAUCUUUCAGAUUGCUGCUAGCCCUAAUGAAAAAUAAUUCCGCGGUGUUGCGUGUGUGCAGCCUUCGUUUCCUCGUCUUGCAAAAAGUGCGCCGGGCGCCGGUUCACUCAGAUGGCGCUCUCGGCCACUUUCUGGUGUGCUUCUCACAAUGAAAAGAGAGAGAGCAGGUUGAGGAUCGUAGCAAAUGUAAUUGGCAUGAUUUUGAUUGGUUGAGAAUGAGAUGGAUUCGAUGUGGCGCAGUCAGAUAUGUAUGGCAAGUUGGCGGGGCUCUUCUUGUUGAAAGUGAUACCAGCAGCACCAGCAGUUCUUUGCAUUAGUACCCGCUUUCCCUCUAUGCAACACCACGGGAGGACAGCAAGCGAAACCGAAAAUACAGCCGCCCGUUGUAAAAACUACAAUUGGUUGGACCCUGGCGAACAAGGAAAAAAUAAAACAGAAACAAUUCUGUCGUCGUCAUGUAGUUCCAGCAGUGCAGGAAGCGCAGCACAUGGCGAAGCCGCAUCUUCAAGUUCAAGCGGAGCAAAUUGUUCAUUUUUGAACAGAUGCGCAAUUAUACCGGAUGUCGUACGAGAGCGAGCCAGGAAACAGCGCGUCGGGGAGAGGCAAAGGGAAAGGCACAGCGAAGAAGCCGCCAUUCCGACCACCACGUGUGGCCUGAAGUGCUGGCUGUACGAGGACACCAGACAGGUCUUGGCGAAGCUUCGCGUCCGCACGCUGAGGCUGAACCGGCACAAUUCACCACGAGAAAAAAAUUGCGGUAGUGAACAUGAUGUUUCCAACACGUGCUCAACAAUCCACUUCGGCAUUGCGUCAAACGCCUACGAUAUUUUUCCCGGAGCGACGCGACCAUCGGACGCGGCAAAGUUUCGCCACAACAUCGCUAUCUUCGAUUUUAGCAUUCUUGCCCCAGACUACAAAACGGGAGACUAUGAUGAGCAGCAGGUUUCUGAUCCCAGCAUUCCGUGCGUCCUAAAUGACGAGAAUUCGCUCGUCUUGAUGCAGGCCCUAUGUGGAAAAAUAGAUGCCGACAGCCCAAAUAAGAACACACCUCCAGCCACGCCUUCAUGCUGGGACCCGGACUGUUCAAGAACAUAUUGUGAGAAAAGCAUUAUUCUUGUUAAUGACAGCAGCAUCAGGCCGCGCGAGUCUGGUCAUCUCGAGCUCGACGAAAGAAGCUGCGUUCCAGAUGAAGACAAGUUCGGAGGUGGCGUUUCGGCAGGCACAGACUCCUAUCUUGCCCGCAGGGAGCAUCCAGGGAAAAGCUCAAACGAAAACGCGAUGAGCACUUUGCCGACACGAGCCUGGACUGCGGGCACAGGUCGGUUGCUUUGCGUAUUGCAUGAAGACACAUUGGGUCCUUGGCUCGGGCUUUCCGGAGCGCACCUGCUGGAGAACGCGACCUCGGAGGACAAGCUAUACGAUAUCCUCGCGGCUCAUCUGCAAUUCAGUGAGUGCGUGACUGCGUCAUCGUCUUCCAGUAGCACCACAGGAGGGGUUACAUUGGUCGAAGAAUUUUCGAACUUAAAAGGGGCACCUGCUCCGGUCCGACGACGUUUUUCUUUUUCUCUUUUGUUGCAACAGUUUGAUUGCACACGUUCGGGAAGUUUUUGAAGUUUAAUAGUGAAAGAAUUCUUUCUGUGGUUAGUUUCCAUCUUCCAUCUUUGCUGGAGAGUUUCAAGAGAUUUGACAAAGUGAAAGUUACCGCAUUGGUGCUUUCCACUGCUUGUGCUUUCUUCACAUUCACGGUCGUGCAAGUUUUAUAAAUUUUUUCUAUCCAAGGUCAAAUAAAGAUCGUGCAUCAAGAUGUUACUUCUAUCCAUUAAAUACCAACCAGUAGUGCUACAGUCGUAGUUCUAUUCUUGUAGUUGUAAAAACAAUGGCGUUUAUUGGAGCUCUACAAUAGGUAUCUAAAAUCAAAAGCGCACACACAUUGCGUUGAUUGUCGCGCUCACCCCUCGUCUUCCACCCGGAUGAGCAAACUGCUCCGGUAGAUUGUAAAAAUCUAAGUUGCAGGCCGGAAGAGCAACUGGGAUAGUCGACGGUGCGGCAGGCUUUAGUACUCCACAUUGAAGUUGAAGUUGAUUGCGUUGCCAGUCCCGAAUCAAAUCAAAAUAAAAGUAUGAAAUGAGAAAUGAUAAAAGUGACAGCUGAGGAACUACAACUAGCCUUAUCCCGCUUCCCGUGUCCAGUAGCCUGCAGACUUAAUAGUAUUCCGCUAGAUGAAUAAUAGCCCUCAGCGUUUCUCUGUGGAAAAUCGUCGUCGGUGCUUCAGCACAGGCAGGCCCAUCUGCCUGCUAUUUUCAAAGCGCCAGAACGGCAUGGCCACGAUCCGGCACCGGCGCGGCUGGCAGGUUGGCCCUUGCCGCCAUCUUGCAUGCUGGCACUGGCGGGGCCGCGAUCUGGCGGCGGGGGGCGGGCAUGAUCGGGCACCGGCUUGGCCAGGGUCUGGCACCGGCUUAGCCAGGGCCUGAAACCGGCGUGGCCAGGGUCCGGCACCGGCUUGGGCAUGAUCGGGCACCGGCAUGGCCAUGAUCUGGCACCGCCUACCUUCGCCGUGAUUUGGCACCGGCUUGGCGAUGCUCUGACACCGGCAGGCAGGCUUGGCCAUGAUCCAUCCGGCACCGGCUUGGCCAUGAUCUGGCGCAAGGGCUUGGCCUUGCCAUGAUCUGGCAGGCACCGGCUUGGUGGCUGGCCUGGCCAUGAUUUGGCACCGGCUGCGGCUCAGCCACGACCCGGAACCAGCUUGGCUUGGCCAUGACCUGGCACCGGCUUGGGCAUGGGCGAGCACCGGCCUUGCUGUGAUCUGGCACCGGCCGGCCUGGCCAUGAUCUGGCACCGGAAGGCCGGCAGGCUUGGCCGUGUAUGAUCUGGCACCGGCUCGGCUACAACCUGGCACCGGCUUGGCCAUGAUCUGGCGCCGGCUUGUCCACGACCUGGCACUGGCUUGGCCACGACCCGGGGCCGGCUUGGGCGUGAUCUGGCGCCGGCUUGGCCAUGAUCUGCCUGGCACCGCCUUGGCCGCGACCCGGCACCGGCUUGCCUGGCAACGACCUGGCACCGGCGUGGCCAUGAUUUGGCACCGGCUUGGCCAUGAUCUGGCACCGGCUCGCUUGGACGCGACCUGUCUGGCACCGGUUCGGCGAUGAUAUGGCGCCGGCUUGGUAACGACCCACCUGGCACCGGCAUGGCCAUGAUCUGGCAACGGCCUUGCCGCUUCCUGGCACCGGCUUGGGCGUGAUCUGGCAGCGGGCUGGCCAUGUUCCGGCACCGGCGGGCCUGGCCACCAGAAUCACUCGGAACCGGCCUGGCCAUGAUCUGGCGCCGGCGGGCAGGGUGGCAGACGGUGGCAGGCGAGGGCAUGAUCUGGCACCGGUUUGGCCACGGCCUGGCGCCGGCACGCAGGCUUGUUUGGCCUGGCGGUUCGGACCGCGCGCGACCUGGCGCCAGCGACCCGGGCCAUGAUCUGGCACGCACCGGCAGGCUUGGACACGGACGACCUGGCGUCGGCUUGGCCACGCCAUGAUCUGGGUGGCUCAGGCUCGCCCAUGAUCUGGCACCGGCUUUGUCAUGAUCUGCCGGGCACCGGCCGGGGGGGGGGCUUUGCAUGCCCCGAUCUGGCACCGGCCGGCUAGGCUUGGCCGUGUAUGAUCUGGCACGCAUCCAUCGGCAGGCUUGGUUUGGCCAUGAUCUGCCACCGACCGGCCUGGCCACGACCGGGCACCGGCAGGCUUCGCCAGGAAGGAUCUGGCACCGGCUUGGCCACGGCCUUGCAUUGGCUUGGCCAAGAUCUGGCACCGGCUCGGCAAUUAUGAAUGACGUGGCGUUGGCUGGUAGGCUUGGCUGGCAGGCCAUUGGCCCGGCACCGGCUUGGCCAUGACCUGGCACCGGCAGGCUUCGCCACGACCUGGAACCGGCCCCCCCGACCCUGAUCUGGCACCGGCGCGGCCACGACCUGGCUCCGCUGCGGCUUCGCUGCGGCGUUGUUACUUCGAGGCCGCGUUGCUUCGAGGUUUUGUUGCGGCUUCGAGCGGCCUGCGCUGCGGCUUCGAGGCUUCGCUGCGUCUUCGGGGCUUCGCUGCGGCUUCUAGGCUUCGCUGCGGCUUCGAGCCGUCGCUGAGGCUUCGGGGCUUUGCUGCGGCUUCGGGGCGUCGCUGCGGCUUCGAGGCCUCGCUACGGCUUCGAGGCUUCGCCGCGGCUUCGAGACUUCGUUCGCUGCGGCUUCGAGGCUUCUAUCUUCGCUUCUAUCCUCGCCUCGGGGCUCCUUUGCUUCGGGGCGCCUCUCUUCGCUUCGGGGCAUCUCUCUUCGCUUCGCGGCUUCUUUGCUUCGGGGCUUUUAUCUUCGCUUCGGGUCUUGGCCAUGGUUCGGCUUGGCCAUGCUGAAUGGCCCGGCACCGGCUCGCCUCGGCCAUGGUCCGGCACCUUCUCGGCUUGGCCAUGCAUGCUCCGGCACCGGCUCGGCUUGGCCAUGCAUCGUCCGGCACCCACCGGCUCGGCUUGGCCAUGCAUGGUCCGGCACCGGCUCGGCUUGGCCAUGCAUAGUCCGGCUCGGCUCGGCCAUGGUCCGGCACCGGCUUGGCCUUGCCAGGGUCCGGCACGCACCGGCCCGGCCUUGCCAUCCAUGGUCCGGCAUGCACCGGCUCGGUCUGCUCAUGGCCCGGCACCGGCUCGCCUUGCUUGGCCAUGGUCCGGCAGGCACGCACCGGCUCGGCUUGGCCAUGGUCCGGCACCGGCCGGCGCGGCUUCGUCGAGGCUUUACUGCUUCGGGGCCCCGCGGCUUCGGGGCUUCGCGCGUUGUUUCGUACGUUGUUGCGCCGUGGCUUCGUGCGUUCGUUGCUGCUUCGAGGUUUCGUACGUUGCUGCCUCGGGGUUUCGUACGUUGCUGCCCCGAGGCGUCGCGCGCUGCUGCUUCGGGGCCUCGCACGCUGCUGCCUCGAGGUUUCUCACGCUGCUGCCUCGAGGUUUCGCGCGUUGCCGCCUCGAGGUUUCUCACGCUGUUGCCUCGAGGUUUCGCACGUUGCUGACCCGAGGCUUCGCACGCUGCUGCCUCGAGGCUUCAGACGCCGCUUCGAGGCUUCAGGCGCUGCUUCGAGGCCUCAGGCGCUGCUUCGAGGCCUGAGGCGGUGCUUCGGGGCUUUGCUGCUUCGACGCUUCGCUGCUUCGAGGCUUCGCUGUGUGCUUCGAGGCUUCGCCGCGUGCUUCGAGGUUUCGCCGCGUGCUUCGAGGCUUCGCCGCGUGCUUCGAGGCUUCGCCGCGUGCUUCGAGGCUUCGCUGCGUGCUUCGAGGCUUCGUCGCGUGCUUCGAGGCUUCGCUGCGUGCUUCGAGGCUUCGCUGCGUGCUUCGAGGCUUCGCUGCGCGCUUCGAGGCUUCGCGGCGCGCUUCGAGGCUUCGAUCGCUGCGCGCUUCGAGCUUCGCCGCUUCGAGGCUUCGAGGCGUCGCUGCUUCGAGGCGUCGCUGCUUCGCUGCUCCCUUCGAGGCCUCGCCGCUUCGAGGCUUCGCUGCUUCGAGGCCUCGCUGCUUCGAGGCUUCGCUGCUUCGAGGCUUCGCUGCUUCGAGGCUUUGCUGCUUCGAGGCUUCCUUCGAGGCUUCGUUGCUCCCUUCGAGGCUUCGCUGCCCCCUCCGAGGCUUCGCUGCUCCCCUCGCGGCUUCGCUGCUCCCCUCGCGGCUUCGCUGCUCCCUUCGCGGCUUCGCUGCUCCCUUCGAGGCUUCGCUGCUUCCUUCGAGGCUUCGCUGCUUCCUUCGAGGCUUCGCUGCUUCCUUCGAGGCUUCGCUGCUUCGAGGCUUCGCGGCUUCGCCGCUCUUCGAGGCUUUGCGGCUCUUCGAGGCUUCGCGGCCCUUCGAGGCUUUGCAGCUCUUCGAGGCUUCGCGGCUCUUCGAGGCUUCUUCGUUGCUUCGAGGCUUCGCUGCUUCGGCGUUUCGAGGCCCCUUCGUUUCGAGGCUUCGUCGCUUAGAAGCUUGGGCGCUUUGUCAGCAUUUCGUUGUUGUUGUUUUUCGUUUCUAUUCUUUGUUUUCGUUUUUUGUUUUCAUUCUUUGUUUUCGUUUUUCGUUUUUAUUCUUUGUUUUCGUUUUUUGUUUCCAUUGUUUGUUGUCGUUUUUCGUUUCCAUUCUUUGUUUUUGUUUUUCGUUUCUGUUCUUUGUUUCUAUGAGUAUGAAGUUUCUGUUCUUUGUGUGUGGUGAAGAUGUAGUAGUUAGGAUCUACUCGUGAUGAUAUGUUUUAUAUACGGUGCUGAGGCUGGGAGUUACUGACCCAUAGCAGUGCUGUCAAUUGACCCAGACAUGGAGGGUUUGAGUGUUCUCGCCGCCUGUCUAUUUUUCUUUUUCCAGAUUGGAGUAUGUCAAAGUUUUAGCGUAUACCAUUCUACUUUGUGCUUUAUUCGGGAGAGCCAGUUCUCGUUACACUUACUUUAGUUUUUACUCGCCGCCGUCUCUCGUAGAUGUGACGGAAGCCGAUGUAGCGGCGUUUUAUCUAUCACUUGUCGGCGUAGUUUUGUUUAUUGGGCGCUUACCGGAGUGGGACCGUUGUGCUGCUGAGAUGUGUGAUCCUGGACAACAUGACUACCAUCUCGGACAACAUAAUGGGCACGCCCUGGAUCCCAUAAAUGACUCCCCAUGAGUGAUCUCUAGGUGACUUGAUCUGAAAUUUUUGCAGCGCUUGAUGUAAAAUGAGACUAGUCGAUACCUUGAGAACCCACCAACUUGAAAAAUCCAUGCGCUUUACAACAACCCACCAGGCUACGGGAUUGCUUCUUUCUCAUUCUGUGCGUUUCGCUUCUCAUGAAUCUUAUGACGAUCAAAUGAAUUCCCGCUAUGUCAAUUUCUGACUUAGUACUCCACACGCCACCCCUGCUAGAACCAAGAACGAUAGUACGUUUGUAGCCCCCUGAUAUGGUUACUGGUGAUGACAAAAAACACGAAUGUGGUAACUGAUACGAAAGCCGAUGCGGUAGUAGGCAGCUCUCGGCGAGAUUCAUGAGGGGCCCAAGGAAAGUGAAAAACGAAAGGAAGACGGCGAAGCCAGCAACGAGAAAAGAAGAAAAAGAAGCAGAGAAAAAUGCGUUCGAAAAUCAUAGUCAUAGCCUGGGAAUGUAGUGUGGAAGUUGUGUGUGGUGAAGAUGUAGUAGUUAGGAUCUACUCGUGAUGAUAUGUCUGUUUCUAUUGCGGAAUACUAUUAAAUAAUGGGUUUUCUCGCCUUUCGCUAGUCAUUGUAGAGAUUGUUUGUUUUGGUUUUUCGUUUUCAUUCUUUGUUUUUAUUCUUUGUUUUGGUUUUUCGUUUUCAUUCUUUGUUUUCGUUUUUCGUUUUCAUUCUUUGUUUUUAUUCUUUGUUUUCGUUUUUCGUUUUCAUUCUUUGUUUUCGUUUUUCGUUUUCAUUGUUCGUUGUCGUUUUUUGUUUUCGUUUUUCGUUUCCAUUGUUCGUUUUCGUUUUUUGUUUUUAUUGCGGAAUACUAUUAAAUAAUGGGUUUUCUGACUUUUCGCUAGUCAUGGUAGAGAUUCUUGAUAAGAAUAUGGAAACGAAAUAAACGAGCACAACAUCUACUCCUGUUCCUGCUCCUACUCCGAUUCCGGAUGUAGUAUUUUUCCAGCAGGUCAACGUCAAGCAGCUAUCCUACCCCUAAUUUGGCGAACGCUCCUAUUCUUGCCCUACAUUGCUGUGGGCGCUUUCAAGCAUCCUUCGUCCCCCCGCCCCAAAAGAAAGACGCCACGCAUCAAGCCAUCAAAUUCAUAAAUUAGACUUCCUCUAGCAUUUCGUCAUCUGUCUUCUGAGAGAACAGAAGUCAAUACUUUUGCAUUACAGUAGAUUUCAUGUUGCUUCCUCAGCUUCCUCUUCAUCUGUCUUCUGAGAGACCAGAGAACUUUUAUUUUUGCAUGGCAGAUUGUUGAGAGAGUUCCUAUUCCACCGGGUGGAAUUAGCACGAUGCUAACUUAGUAUUACUCCAUGUCACCAGAUCUUGCGUUUACUAUUCAUUUUGCAUUACAAACUCAAUGUGAAAGAAUUCAAAACGAAGCACAGACAUAAAUCCUCGUGAUAAGUGCUCCUUUUCCAUAAAUUAUACGCAAAAAAAUGCCAGACGAUCAGGCAAGUAUCUAUGUUGGGCCCUGUUCUAG